AUGAGUCAUAUGGUUGGAGAAUACGAAACGACUAACGAACUUCAUCGUGUGCAAAACGAGAUUGACCCUCUUCUCAAUCAAUUUUAUACAACAAUGUCUCCAGCUACGGAACGAAGAGCAUUUUUGGAAGAGGUCAAUUCUAUUGAUGAUAAAGAAGUUUUAAGGAGAAUGCUUAUACAGAAAGAACAAGAAAAAGACGAUAUAGUACAAAAUUUAGAUAUGGCAGCGCGACUAGGUCUCGCAAUUUCAGAAAAAAACGAAGAACUUCAAUUAAAACUUGAUAUAGCCCAGCAGGCCGAGGCGCAAGCUUAUCUUAAGCUUUCUGCAUUAGAAGAGGAAAACCGAAUUCUAUAUUCCAAAGCUUCUCGAAGCAAUGAACUUGCAACCCAAUUGGCGGCCAGUGAAGAUCAAGUAAAGACAUUGCGUGAUCAUAGAGCAUUUCUACAAAAGGAACUUGAUACUGCUCGACGAGAGCUAAAAAGAUUCCGAAAAGAACUUGAUAGUCUUUCGGGACAGAUGAACGAUAUGGCAGAGGAUAUGUGGGAAUCUCGCAACAAAGUAAACACAUAUGCUAAAAAAUUGGAAAUGAAUGUUAAUUUAUCUAUACAACUUGAAAAGUCGCUUAGUUCUCAAAAAAUAUCUAGUGCAACAACAACGCAGAUUGUCAAGAUGAUUCAAGCUGAUCUUGGCAGGGUUGUCCUUGAAAACGAACAUUUGCGUGCUAGCAUAAAUGAAUUAGAAAAUCGGCAAGUAAAAUGUGAGGGUAAACUUAGUGAAAUGAUGGUAUCAGCUCAAGAAUAUGCUCAUCUUUUAGAAGAAGCACAAGAUACUAUACAUUCACUGAGUGAAACUCGCCUUGAAUCUGAUAUCGAGAAUUUAGAGAUAUCACCUGGACGAAGCCGCGGACAUGAUUCACCUCCAUUAAAGGGAUCUCCAUUUUCUACAGAGGUAGAACAACAUUUAGAAAAGACUAUCGAGGAAAGGCUAAUGACACAAAUGACGAGGCCCCACUUUAACCAUACAUCUAAUUCAUCAGUUGACAUGAAAAAAGCAGCGGCAGGAUUGAAAUAUCUUCUAUCUGCCCGUGAGGUAGAAGAUAAAGAUGUCGGCAAAGGAAAAGGUCCCGAGAGACGACCAUUUGGUGGUGGCUAUGUUUUACAUUCUUAUAAUGUACGAUAA